AUGCGGUGUCCGCCCCCGGUUUUCGUGCCCUGGGCCCGCUGUGCCCUGUACUUCUCUUCCAGCAGUGAGGAUGAAUUUGAAAAGUUUUUGGCUAAAAUGAAAACUCCCAAAUCUGUUUCUAGGAAGGCCGAGGCAAGUUUGAAGGACUUCAUUGAUGACUCGGACGACUACUUCUUGGAUUUGAAAGUGAGAAAAAGCACAACAAAGAAUGCACAGAAAGAUCUUCAGGAGAAGAAGUUGAUGACUUCUGGAAAGAAAAACACUUGCUGCCAAGAAUUGCGAUAUUCAGAGAGUUCAAGUGACACUGAAGAUUCUGUCUUUCUACAAAAUUGUGACUACAAAAAUGACUACCAAGAAGGAGGAGUGAAAGACUUGAGAGAGAGUUGGAGGUGCAUAAAACUUCCACCUCCACAAAAUCUGAAAGACCCUAUUUCCAGAGGCAGUCCGGACUCGCUUGUUAGAAGGAAAGAAAGGAGCUGUGGAAAGAGCACAGAAAAUAAAGCGCCAAGUGUGGCACUGCGACCAAGUAGAGACGUAGGGUCAGACAGCUCAGAUGAGGAAUUUGAAUCAUUAAUAGAACGAAUAAGGAAACGAAGUGUACCCCGAAAACCAGUCUUAAGCACAAGUAAAACAGUCUACCAGCCCAGUGUCACAGAAAACAUCAAGCCACCCUGUGAAGAUGCCCAGCCCUCGAAAGGGGAAGGAUUCAAGACACCAAGGUCAAACUCCGUUUCACUUCAAGAAACACCUUCCAGGGUAAUGUCUCCUGCAAGAAUUCCUCGGGAUGAAUCAGUCAGUUGCUCGCAAUCAGCAAAGACAGAGAAAAGGCUCAGGGUGUGCUCAGUGCCUGGCUGCUUCUUGCAAGAUCUCUCCAAUCCGGCUUCCCACUAUGUGAAGUAUUUCAAGAAAAAUAAAGAGGAGCUGGCAGAGAAGCUCUACUGUCUGUAUAACAGUACCAUCUUCGAGCAGAAGUUACCAGAGAAAAUGAAAAUAACAUGGAAUAAGAAAAUGAGAAAAACAGCAGGAUAUUGUGUAACUGGGCAGACAGAAGGUCCUGAAGGAAAGCGUUACGCUCGCAUAGAACUUUCUGAGAAAGUCUGUGACUCUGCAGAUCGCCUUCGCGACACGCUGAUUCACGAGGCUUGCCAUGCUGCCACCUGGCUGAUCAACGGUGUUCGAGAUGGACACGGACGGUUCUGGAGGUUCUAUGCCAGUAAAUCCACUGUGAUUCACCCCGAACUGCCCGUCGUAACACGGUGCCACAGCUACGAGAUUAAUUACAAAUUCAUCUAUGAAUGCGUUCGCUGCAAAGCUACGAUCGGGCGUCAUUCCAAGUCUCUGGACAGCGCGCGCUUCGUGUGUGCGUUCUGCGGGGGGCAGCUGGUGCUGAGCCAGCCCCCGGGGAAGGGUGGCACUCCUGCUCGGACACCCCUGACGCCCUUUGCCAACUACGUGAAAGAAAACUACAGAGUUACCAAGAGAGAGCAGCGCGGGCUGAGCCACGGGGAAGUCAUGCGCAAGCUCAGUGCUGAUUUUGCUUUAAAAACUAGGCUUCAAAAUUCCUUGUAAUUUCUCGAUACGUUUCCUUUCUUGAUGAAGUAGUAUUUACUACUACAUGCUUAAAUUUUGCAUGCGGUAGUGAAUAAGUCUAAGAAUGUGUUUCAGAGAAUUCCAGAUCACUUUAAUAUCUUAGCGUUAAGUACUUGUAAUAAAUGGGACCUUUUUCUAAAAUGGGCAAGAAGUAAUGAUGAUAGAAAGUCCAGGCAGUCAAGUGUCCUCCUUAGACUUCAGAUGAACACCCAGUGCCUGGGAAGAUGCAGUUCUAGGCCCUUUAUGGGACUGACUCGCUGUGAUUGUCUGGAAUUUUCUGAAGGGUAUUUACGCGUAGCGCUUCGUAGUGUGUCUUCGGUGCCUCCAGUGAGCAACAGACUGGCUCUUUCAUCUGGGCACUGGUGUGCUGCAGGCUCCGUGUGUGUGCUGUGUGCUGCAGGCUCCGUGUGUGUGCUGUGUGCU